AUGUCGGCCGAGUAUCCAACCAAGUCUGGGCUGCACACUUGGGUCGAUCCUGACACGCCCGAUGAUCGCAAAGUGUACACUACUUCUCGCGGACGACUAUGGGAACUCGUCAUGAGUGACGAGUUCAACGUAGCCAACCGCAGCUUCCGUCCAGGUGACGAUCACAUGUGGACGUCCUUAGAGAAACCGGACGGGGUCAAUGGAGCUCUCGAAAUCUACUCGCACAAUAUGACGAGCACCAGGUGCGACGACGAUGGAAACUGCUGCUUCUACAUCAAAGUAAUCAACGAUAACAUCGAUAUCUCGGUGUACAACAUGUACAAGCAUCCCCCGGGGUUUCAAACCGCAACGUUUUACUACCGUGCAGCUAUGGUGCAGUCCUGGAACAAAUUCUGCUUUCAAGGAGGCAUGCUUGAGGUACGCGCUCAAUUACCCGGUGCAGUCUCGACAGCUUCGGGUAAUCCAGACUUGUCCUUGGGGAGAAAUGGUCAGGUAACCGAGACUUCGUACUACCCGACAUGGCCUGGAAUUUGGAUGAUGGGGAACCUUGGCCGAGCGAUCUUUUCUGCCUCGACGAACCGCAUGUGGCCAUUCUCGUACAACCGGUGUGAACCAGAGCUUUUUGACCCGAGUAACCAGCGCAUCAAUGCUUGUGACGAUAGUCCAGGCUUCGGAUUGAACCCCAACCAAGGCCGUGGAGCCCCUGAGAUUGAUCUACUAGAAGGUGGCGGUCUUGCCAUCUCAUCUUCGCUGCAGAUUGCACCUGGUAUGCCGAACGACUUCCGUCUCUUUCCAGCCGACCCGGAUGGAGCCGAUGCUGCCAACCCAUACUGCGUGUACGCGUACGACUGCAAAACGGUCGGGGCUAACUUGAUCGAUGUGCCAACAGAGUACUACAAACAGAAGCGAGGACACAAGUCCUGGUAUCAAGGUCUUCGGUAUGCCGCAAACCACAAUUGCGUCAAGAAGAGUGCGAACAUCCAGAGCUUCGCUGCCGUUAAUGCAUCUGUUGCUCGAGGUAUUAAAACCAAUGCGUGUACUACGUCAACGUGUCCUGCUUCACUGGACGUCCACAGUGACUUGAGUCGCAUCGAUGGCACGGGCAAAAACCACUGGGGCAUCAACUUCAAUGGCACGUGCUUCCCAAUCAUGAACUCGUACAUGGGCUCCUACCUGUGUGACCCGGAUAACUCGGACGCGCGAUGUGCAAGUCCACGUAACUCGACCACAGCGAAAUCCAACGCUAUGGACCCGUUCAACUAUCAGAUGGAUGCCAUUUCGUCGAAUUGGCCCGUUCACCUCGGAGCUUACACGGACUUUCUUGUCUAUCAACUCGAAUGGGUCACUGGCGUAAAGGGGUACGUGCGGUGGAUGCUCGAUGGCAGUCCGCUCUUCGAAGUGACAGCAGAUGCGUUCUCGAAUGUGCCUCAGAAUGCAAAGCGUAGCAAUCCGAAGAAAGUGAUGCUCGAGGAACCCAUGGCGGUUAUUCUGAACGUCGCGCUUUCGAGUUCAUGGGGAACAUCGCCGCCAAAUGCUGGCAAGAAUUGCCGCGGUGACGGGGUGGACAAGACUGUGAACAGAAUCUGCGAUGAGUUUCCGAUGUUCAUGAAGAUCGACUACAUUCGGCUAUACCAGGACCAAAGUGACGAUCUCGAUGCUGAUAACUACAUGCAAGUUGGCUGUGAUCCAAAGAGUCACCCUACUAAGGAAUGGAUCGAGGGUCACCUUGACGAAUACCAGGAUACUGAUAACCUCGUGACGGAGGUGGUUGGCAAAGCUUUCUGCAAAACGGACGAUGACUGCACGGUUAGAGGCAACUACACGAAAACGACACUCGUGACAGGGUCGUGUUUGAACUCACGCUGCACCUGUUUGUACCCGAGAUCGUGGGCCGGGCCUCGGUGCACGAUCGCUCAGGCCGAGUCCACCUCGUCCCGUGCCUCCUCUCGAGUUUAUGGCCCACCUAUUCCGCUCGCCUUCCUCGUUGCUGGCAUCGCCUAUUUCCUGACAUUCCUGUCAGUGUGGACCGGCAUGAGGUCGACUGCAAAAAGGAACAAAGUGCUGGACGAGGCCGACACGGCGGUAAGAAAAGACCUGGAUACUCGAGUUGCAGACUAG